GGUUCCAGUUAGAAAAUAAAAAAUAAAUUAUAUCCAGUAGGAGGCCUGAGCGGAGGGCUCUCCUCUCAGCUUCAUUAACCAAAACCCAAAAUCCUAACCCUUAACUGUGUUCUUCCCAAAAGCCCCGUCUUUCUUCUCCCUCCGAUCAACUCGCAAUGUGCUACUUUGGAGUUUGGAUGAUAUGAAUUUUUAAAUUCACGACUCCGAAAAUCAAUACCCGAUGGACUUGGACCCCCUCAACGUCGGGAAGGAGGUGUUGGAGUUCGACGCGGGUACUGCACCCUCCGGCGAAGAAGACGACGACGACGACGACGCCGCCCUCGAUUCUCACCGCCCUGGCCACUCCGACGACUCCGCCGACGAAACUGAAACGGUCGCUUUAAACUUCGACCCAAACCUCGAACCCUAUGAGGGAAUGGAGUUCGACUCCGAACAAGCCGCCCGAAUCUUCUACAACUCCUACGCCCGCCGCACCGGCUUCGGCACCCGCGUCAGUGUGUACCAGCGCUCGCGCCGAGACGGGUCCAUCGUCUGCCGCCAGAUCGUAUGCUCCCGCGAGGGCUUCCGCCGCGAGGGCGCCGCGAACUUGUCCAAGCGCCGCCGCACCGUCACCAGAGUCGGCUGCAAAGCCCAGAUAACGGUGAAAAAACAGGCUUCCGGCAAAUGGGCCGUGUCCAAACUCGUCAAGGAACACAACCACGAGCUCCUGCCAUCGGAUAAAGUCCACUGCCUCCGAUCCCACAGGUACGUCUCCGGCCCUGCCCGGAGCCUGAUUGAUACUCUUCAGGCCGCCGGGAUGGGUCCAAGUGGAGUAAUGUCUGUUUUGAUUAAGGAGUCUGGAGGUGUUAACAAUGUGGGGUUUACUAAGGUUGAUUGCCAGAAUUACAUGAGCAGUAGUAGGCAGAGGACUCUAGGCAUUGGGGGUCGGGUUAUUUUCGAGUACUUGACCCGAAUGCAGGCAGAGGAUUCAGGUUUCUAUUACGCCAUUCAGGAUGAUAGUUCGGCAGGGAAUGUGUUUUGGGUUGAGGGGAAUUGUAGGAUGAACUAUAGGUACUUUGGGGACACAGUCACUUUUGAUACAACCUAUAGAAUGAAUCGGUAUAGGGUUCCAUUUGCCCCAUUUACUGGGUGGAACCACCAUGGGCAGCCGAUGCUGUUUGGCUGUGCAUUGUUGCUCAAUGAAUCUGAGUCCUCGUUUAAGUGGGUAUUCCAGAAUUGGCUUGCUGCUAUGUCAGGUCGACAUCCGGUAUCGAUUACCACUGAUCAGGAUAGGAUCAUACGGGCAGCUGUUGCACAGGUGUUCCCGGAAACACGGCACCGUUUUUGUAAGUGGAAUGUGUUUAGAGAAGCCCAGGAGAGGUUGUCCCAUGUAAAUCAAUCGUACCCCAAUUUUGAAGCAGAAUUUCAGAGGUGUAUAAAUGUAACUGAGACAAUCAAUGAGUAUGAGUCAUGCUGGAAGGCACUUGUUGAAAGGUACAAUCUUGGAGAUAAUGAAUGGCUUCAGUCAAUGUAUGAUGCUCGUGAGCACUGGGUGCCCGUUUAUCUCCGUGGUACUUUUUUUGGGGAGAUGUCUAUAACACAAGAAAGUGAUAAUAUAAAUGCAUUCUUUGAUGGGUAUGUGAAUGCAUCCACAAAUGUCCAGGCGCUGGUUAAGCAAUAUGAGAAAGCUAUUGCAACUCGGCAUGAGAAGGAAGUAAUGGCAGAUUAUGACACUAUUAACACUGCACCCGUUUUAAAAACACCAUCACCUAUGGAAAAACAAGCAGCAAAACAUUUUACAAAGAGGAUAUUCAUGAAAUUUCAAGAGGAAUUAGUCGAGACCCUUGCUUACCCCGCCACUCUAAUUGAUGAUACUGGAUCAGAAACAGUGUACAGUGUGGCAAAAUUUGGGGAAGAUCACAAAGUAUGCAUUGUGAGGUUCAAUGUUUUUGAAAAGAAGGCUAGUUGUAGCUGCCAAAUGUUUGAGUUUUCGGGUAUAAUUUGUAGACACAUAUUAGCAGUUUUUAGAGUAGCAAACAUUCUUACACUUCCUGCUCAUUAUAUCUUGAAACGGUGGACAAGAAAUGCCAAAAGUGGUGAUGUGUUGGACGAGCACAUGCUUGGACUGACAAGUGGUUGUCAAGAAUCCUCCACUGGUCGCUAUGAUAAUCUACGCCUAGAAGCCAUCAAAUAUGUAGAAGAAGGGGCAGAAUCAAUUCACGUUUAUAAUGUGGCGAUGGAUGCUCUUCGAGAGGCUGCAAAAAAGGUUGCUGCAGCAAAGAAGCAUAGUCAUAAAGUCAAACGGUAUACCCCUGAUGAGGGAAGUUGUAAAAAAGAAGGCUUAAGGGAAGAUAGAUCUGACCAGCUAUGGCUCUGCCCAAUGCCUUUGCUUCCUUUUCCCCCUUCCCGCAGCAGGAUCAAGAUAAGAAGAUUCGGGAAUUGACCAAUGAAUUGGAAAAUGCAAGUCAGCGAUGUGAAGCAUAUCGGGCAACUUUGCUGGCUGUUUUGAAAGAUAUGGAAGAACAGAAGUUAAAGAUAUCUGUUAAGGUACAGAAUGCAAGGCUCAAUCUAAAAGAUUGAAGUGGGAGGGGAUUUUGAGUGUACCAGUUUCCUCAUCUUCAUCACAUAUACUAGCAAUAGGAAUUUGGAUUAGGUCAAUUACUAGCUGUAUAGCUAAUUCUUUUUUUUUCCCCCUAGCCUAGAACAGUUGUACUGUAAUGUAUGAAGAUUAGUCAAAUGUAAACAAAAAUUGAUAUAUAGAAUUUGAAAGAGAUAGCAAGGAAUUGAUAUUUUCUCCUCCA